GGGGAGGAGGCUGCCACCAGCGGGGGCUUCAACGUCUUCGGCGACGGUCUUGUGCGCCUGGACGGACAGCUCUGCCGCCUCGGCCGCUACAUCAAAAGAUAUGUGGAACUGACCAACUACUGCGAUUAUAAAGACUACAGGGAAACUAUACUGAGCAAACCGAUGCUGUUCUUUAUUAAUGUACAGACCAGAAAAGACAUCUCAAAAGAAAGAACAUAUGCCUUCCUUGUGAACACAAGGCACCCCAAGAUAAGACGACAGAUAGAGCAAGGGAUGGAUAUGGUCAUUUCCUCAGUGAUUGGAGAAAGCUACCGGCUCCAGUUUGAUUUUCAAGAAGCAGUAAAGAAUUUUUUCCCUCCGGGAAAUGAGGUGGUUAAUGGAGAAAAUUUGAGCUUUGCCUAUGAAUUCAAAGCUGACGCAUUAUUUGAUUUCUUCUAUUGGUUUGGGCUCAGCAAUUCCACUGUAAAGGUGAAUGGAAAAGUUCUGAAUUUGUCAAGUACAAGACCAGAAAAGAAGGAGACAAUUAAAUUAUUUCUGGAAAAAAUGAGUGAACCAUUAAUUCGAAGGAGCAGUUUCUCUGACCGAAAAUUCAGUGUAACUUCUAGAGGUUCAGUAGAUGAUGUUUUUAACUGCAGCCUGUCACCCAGAUCAUCUUUGACGGAGCCUCUUUUGGCAGAAUUACCGUUUCCAAGUGUUCUGGAAUCUGAAGAGACACCUAACCAAUUUCUCUGAUUGAACUGAACAUGUCUAGUUCCUCCUACACUCCAGGCCAACUGAAGGUUGAGGGGAGGAGGGGGGAAGUGGGAGGCAGGCCCUCCACCCUCUGGUCCACCUCUCUGCUCCUCCGAGCGAGCGCUCCUCUCACAUUUCCCUGGGUGCCGCCUUGCCCUGGCAGGUCCAUGUAGCUGACUUCAGGAUGGGAGGGCACUGGCCCCAUGGUUGGGUAUCCCCGCCUUUGAACACUUCUCCAAAGAGUCAGAGGGGCCAGCAGGGUCCUGCCACCCUGAGUGCUUUGUGUAGGACCUUGGCACCCAGGGAGUUUCUUUGGCAGUCUCUGUAGGACCAGUCUGACUUGGGCAUUGACCAUGAUGCUUCUUAAGUCACGGUUUGGCCCUCUGCUUGGGACACCCUUGUCUGAACCCGAACUUAGCCAGCACGGCAUUAGCUGUGCUGUUCUUUUGCAAACUUGGCUGGCACCUUUCACUGGAAGGCAGAUGUGUUUCUCAUCCUGCCUUAGGAGAACUAUUCUAGGUAAGGUUUGCUGGCGAUUAGCCAGGUUGGCAGGAUGGCAGCCCUGCCACCUGCUGCCUAAAAUUUGAACUCCUUUGGCCUCCCUCUUAACAAAGCGGCCGGUGUAGAAAGAGGCCAGGUGAUGUGCAAUGAAACAGUGACAGGGGAAGGAUCAUGAUUACAGCAGUGUCCUCUUUCUACACAGAAAUGAUAGGAAAGCACAUUAUGUCAGUUGGGUAUUAUUAUUAUUAUUUACUUUUUUAUUGAAUUUAUGAGGGUGACAUUGGUUAAUAAAAUGAUAUAGGUUUC